GUCUUACAGCUGCAGGGCAGCAGAUCACAUGAGAUGGGGCUGGUGUUGUGUCACGUGAGAUGUCGCUUCUAAAACAUGGCUCCAACUAGCACUGAACAAAACAUCCUGGGCUGACUGACUGUCGUCUGUCUGCUGACACGCAUCUGUAAACCUCGGAAAUGGAGCGAGUACACGUCGCAUCGCAAGGGACAGGCUGGAGAAGAGAUUAAGUCUGACCUCGGUGUUCAGGAUUCCUUCCUCCAUGGAUGUGUGAAAGUCAUCUUCAGUGGAAGACGGCAAGGUGAAUGCAACUAGACGGUGUGCACCUCUGAACAAACAUAGUAUACUCACCAUGGAUUGGCUGAUGCGUGCAGUAGAGAAAGACUUGGGGGUUGACCGACGGCAACAAGGUCCAGGACCCCGUCCCCGGGAGCUUGUAGCCCUUGUUCCUACGCGCUGGUUGAUGGGCCUCAGGGACAGGAGGGUGAUGCGCUGCGCCCGCUUUGACAGCAUCAGUGAAGCAGAAAUCCGCACAUACCUUCAGUGUUCCCAAGCAAAGUUGCCUCCUGGCUGGACACGAGUGUGCAUACAGGGCCUGAGGAAAAGCAAGCUUAGCUACAGAUUGGCCAGAGACCCAUGCCAUCAACAAAUGGAAUUAACAUCCAAGGAUUCGUAUAACAAAACCAUGCAGCAUGUGUCACAACACAAUGUCAGGAAUCUGUGGCGUGAAGCUCAUUACAAACUUGUGCAGCCAUAUGCAGGAGCCAAUGAGCAGAUGCAUGUCGCAGCUGUAGAUGCAGUGCGUCAUGCGCUACAGAAGCUCUUCAAUUCCACAUUCAUCUCAUCUGACCGAGUGUCACCAUCCCUUUCUCCAGCCAGAGAGAAGGAGAAAGAAAACUACUUGCCAACCAGUUCAUCUUGCUUUUCCAAGUCUCAUUCAGACCAUCUAUGUCCUAAUGUUCUCUCUGCAGAGUGUCUGCUGGAGACAGCAGAGAUGCUCUACGUGGUUCUACCUUACACGCAGUAUUCACUCCAUGAUAUUGUCUCCUUCAGCCCAGCCAAGCUCGCUAACAGCCAUGCCAAAGUGUUAUUCAUUCUCUACCAGUUACUAACAGCCCUAGAGGCAUGUCACGCAGCAGGUCUGUCUUGUGGAGAGCUCUCCCUGCUGGACAUAGCAGUAGAUGAGCAGCUCUGCAGCCGUCUCAAGCUCAACCUAGCCCAUUAUGAGGAACUGGGGACAGAAGGGGAUGCAAACAAUGACGUUACUGGCAGACAAGUGCCAAAAAGUGUCCUGCCAAGGGAAAAUGCAUGUGCGAGCCAAGAGAACAAAAGACUUUGCAAAGACUGCUUUGAUGAGCUCAAGACAUUGGUCCUGGACUGGGUCCAUGGACGAGUCAGUAACUUUCGCUACUUGAUGGAACUCAAUAGGUUAGCAGGGAGACGAGAAGGAGACCCUAAUUACCACCCAGUGCUGCCAUGGGUGGUGGAUUUCACUGUGCCAUUUGGAAAAUUCCGGGACCUCAGGAGGUCAAAGUUCAGGCUCAACAAGGGGGAUAAACAGCUGGACUUCACAUAUGAGAUGACCAAAGAGGCUUUGGCAGCUGCAGUGGGCAAUGGGGUAGGAGGAGGCGGCGUAGGUGGAGAUCUCAGUGGCUCUGUAGGUGCUGGCGGUGCUGGACAGUCUGACCACCUUCAUGUACCUCAUCACAUAUCUGAUGUGCUCUCAGACAUUACAUACUAUGUCUACAAAGCCCGGCAGACACCCAAGUCAGUGUUGUGCAGCCAUGUUAGAUCCCAGUGGGAGCCUAAUGAGUACCCAGCCAGUAUGGAGCGCAUGCAGAGCUGGACUCCUGAUGAGUGCAUUCCUGAGUUCUACACAGAUCCCUCCAUUUUCCGCUCAAUCCACCCUGACAUGCCAGACCUGGAUGUGCCUUCCUGGUGCAAGUCUUGUGAAGAGUUUAUUGAGGUCCAUCGGCGCCUUCUGGAGAGCAGAGAGGUGUCCCAGCAUUUGCAUCACUGGAUAGACCUCACAUUCGGCUACAAGCUGUCAGGUAAAGAAGCUGUCAAGGCCAAGAAUGUGUGCCUGCACCUAGUGGACAACCACACCAAUCUGUCUACCUAUGGAGUGGUUCAGCUGUUUGACCAGCCUCACCCACCUCGCUUAUCACCUUCCCAGUAUGCCCCAGCAGAACCUCCUCUCCUCGGUCUUGCUGCUCUUAAUGUGCCUUCUCUACAUAUCCCACAAGUUGACACAGUGGCUGACACUGUGGAUGGAAUGGUGCCAGAGUCCACAGGGUGCGAAUCUAGUGGCUGGACCAUGGUAGACAGAGAUGAAGAACUUGAACAAGGUACAGAGGCUCUGGACUCAUUAGCAUCCACUGGCUCAUCCAGUUCUGUGUCCUGCUCUGUGCCACUGCCAAACAUGAGUACGGCGGGAGGAAAGAUGGGAGGAGACCACACAGCACUUAUUGUGUCCCAGUCCCCAAGUUCAUUCCCUGGUGAUUUCACAAGCGGCUUGGGUCCUGGUUUACGCAGUUCCAUGUUACAGAGAGGUGGGCCAUUGAACAAAAAACAUGGGGAGGGGAGUGUGACCACCACCAAUACAGAGGAAAUCAAGAUCAUCCUCCCUGAAGGCUUCAACCCAUUGCAGCCUUUGGAAGAACUGGAGAAGUUGAACAAUUUUCUGGUAAAGAGUCUGCACGCUGAAGUAUGGCAUCCUCCAGGAUCUAGUGAAUGCACAAGAGAGGGUGCGAUGAUUGAGUCUCUACCCUCUCUUACGCAGCUGUACCAAAGAGAUAUGCAGGCUCUUGGUGUUCUCAUUGCUGAGAUAUUCUACUCCUCCAAACUGAGGGGACUGAAACCAGGCGCCCCCCUCAGACAGCGUUUCCAAGCUGUUAUGAAGCUAUGCUCUGCCAGCCUCCGUGAUGUGCCACUGUCUUUACAUCAUGCUCUUGAGACGCUGCUGCUAAUAGAGAAGCACUCUGGAAUAGCACAUAGAGAAGUACCAGAUUGCCCAUGUCCACUCCUUUUCAAGUACGACCCCAUCUGUGAUGGCCUCCCUCCCCCAAACCCCUGCCAAUUAUUGAACUCAAUUAUCACCCCUUUACCUUUCCCUUCCUAUUUUCCAGCACUUCAUCGUUUUAUCUUUUCCUACCAUGCCAAGAUGGAGACUACAUGUAGCAUUCAAGGAAGAGAUGUGGUCUUUCACCUGUGGCAGCAGUUGGAGACACUUUUGCGAGGUAACAUCACAGCUGAGGGUCUUGAGAUUCUCUUGCCGUUCAUUCUAGCCCUCAUGCUUGAGGAAUCCACCGCUGUGUAUGCUGCUUGGUACCUAUUUGAGCCCAUCUCUAGAGUGCUGGGUCCCAGAAAUGCAAGCAAAUACCUGUUGAAGCCACUAAUCAAUGUAUAUGAAAAUCCUCACUGCCUACGAGGACGUUUCUAUCUCUACACCGAUUGUUUCAUUCUGCAGCUGAUUGUGAGGCUCGGCCUGCAGGCCUUUCUGUCCAGCUUACUCCCCCAUGUGCUACAGGUCAUCACUGGCUUUGAAAGCUGCAUCUCAGGCUCUGGCGGGGAAGCUUGUAAAGGGAUGAGGAGUGGCACCUGUAACCUAGGAGAGGAAGAAGAAGAAGACUUUCAGUGUGGUGAGGUGCGGCCAUCAUCAGGGUCUGUUAGCAGAGACAUGGGAGGUAGCAGUGGAGCUAGUGGGGGAGUUGGGGUGGUGGGAGACACAGGGCUGGUUGACUACUCCUCUGGAAUCAGUCUCAGUGACCAGGUGUUCCUCACAGAGGCAGAGGACUUUCAGAAUGGCUUCUAUGUCAACAGUGGAGCAGGAAAACAGCAGAGCCAGAACUCUGUAGCCAAGGAUCAAGACCAAGAGUCUCUGAGUGUGGGGAAGCUAAGCGACAAAAGCAGCACAAGUGAACUCUCACUGGGCGAUGGAGACUCAAUGCGGGAUCGAGCCAGUCUUAAAUCAGCUGACAGCACCCAGGAUCUGAAACAGGCCAGUGAGGGAGAGGAGGGAGGAGAGCUGGAGGAAGAGGAGGUGACUGAGGGUAAAGAAGGAACAGAUGACCCCACUGUGCCAAACCCAGAGCUCACUCUUUCUGGUUGCACAGAAGCUUCAGGAGCCACUGUUGCCACUCUAGAGGGCGAAUUUGUGAAUGGAAUGGCACUGGAAGAGACGGAGAAAGGCCUUGUGGGAGAGCAAGAGGAGGAAGAUGACCAUGAUCCAUCAGAGGAAUCUGAGGAGAAAGAGCAGAAGAUUCUUCUAGAUACAGUCUGCAAAACAGUUCGAUGGCUAUCAGCAAAGCUUGGACCAACAGUGACAUCUCGAUACGUGGCCAGAAAUUUGCUGCGAUUGCUCACUAAUUGUUACAUUGGGCUUGAGAACCACCAGUUUGUGGCCACUGCAUCUGAAGAGAGCAGUCUGGAGGGUGUGGGAAUGGGCAGCGUGUAUGAGAAGAAACCAGUGGUGGGUGACCAGACAGCAGGGCCUGUACUGGACUGUCUCAUCUACAUAGCCCAACUUUAUGGAGAACCUGUGCUCACCUACCAGUAUCUGCCUUACAUAGGAUAUCUGGUGUCUCCACCUUCUUCACAGCGUCUCAACACACGUAAGGAGGCAAGUCUGCUUGGAGCUGUUGCACUUACGCAGAAGAUCAUUGUCUUUCUCUCUGAUACCACUCUGAUGGACAUGCUUAUGAAGAUUAACCAAGAUGUGCUUCUGCCACUACUGGAUCUGCUCACCACCCCCCGUAUGGGGUUCCCCAGCGGGGUGCAGACACGCACUGCCGUCUGUGUCAAGACACUCAGCUUGAUGGCUCUCAUCUGUCUACGCAUCGGGAGAGAGAUGGUGCAACAGCAUAUGGCUGACACUCUGCGCCGUUUCUUUGCUGUUUUCUCUCUGCUGCACUGUCUGCAGCCCCAGCUGGACAGCGCCCCUCGCAGAGUUGUGGGAGAGGUCACAGUGGUGGACAUUUGCACACCUGGAGAGACAAAUGUGACAUACGAAUUGGGGGUAUUGGAGGAACUGCAAACUGUAUUUAACUCUGAGAUGGCUCAUGCCUCCUACAUCCCUUUUUACUGCCUCAUAGGUGACAUGGCAAUUCGGAAACUGGUUCCCAACCACGAGCUGGUCUGGCAGUUGGCCCAGUCCUACCAUCAGAGUUUGAGCCGGGGAAGCCCAGAGGCGAACGUCACAGCAGCAUCCAGGGUGGAGCUUGCUCCUUCCUCCAUGGGUCUGUCUCCUGGUUUCAGUAGACGUAUGGGUUGCAGCCCCUUCCCUGCACCUUCAACUAGCUCUACUCCAGUGGGAGACUCCCUCCCUGAGUCGGGCACGUUUGGGAGCCACCUGGUAGGAAACCGUAUCCAAGUGUCCCGGGACACUGAUUAUAGUAGUAGUCCCAACCUGGGCUUGGCCAACUCUUGGGGGCGCUCUAGCCAUACUACCCCUAUAAUCACCGCUGCCUCCACCUUCACCACUCCAUCUGUUGGCACAGCUUCCUUUUCCUCCGCCUGGGUGACAGGCCCCACCCCAGAGGAUAGCGCUCUGAAGCAGGAGCUCCCUCGCAGUGGUCGCUCCCUGCAGGGCAACUGGCUGGCUUACUGGCAGUACGAGAUCGGCCUCAACCAGCAGGAUCCACAUUUCCACUUCCACCAGAUCCGUCUGCAGAGCUUCCUGGGUCACUCGGGUACCACAAAGUGUUUGGCACCACUGGCAGGGGAGGAUUACUUCCUCUCUGGUAGUAAAGACAAGACUGUGAAGCUUUGGCCCCUCUAUAACCACGGUGAUGGAACACAAGAGGUAGAGCCCAGGCUGACGUAUAACGAGCAUCGAAAGUCAGUGUUCUAUGUUGGACAGCUAGAGACUUUACAGGAGGUAGUCAGCUGUGAUGGUACUGUGCACCUGUGGGACCAGUAUACAGGUAAGCAGAUCCGCUCGUAUGAAGCUGUGGAUGGGAAGAAUCCCAUUACAGCUGUCACCACCAUGCCAGCUCCACACUGCAGUGUUGUUUAUGGCAGUGCAGAUUCUGUUCUCCGCUUCAUUGAUCCUCGCAAACCAGGAUUGCAGCAUGAAUUCCGUCUGGCAUACAACAAUGUGAGUGCUGGGCUCAUCCGCUACCUGGCUGUGAGCCCUUCAGGGCGCACUGUGGCUGCAGGUUUCUCAUCUGGCUUCAUUGUUCUGCUAGACGCACGCACAGGACUUGUUCUGAGGGGCUGGCCAGCUCACGAGGGAGAUAUCCUCCAAAUGAAGGCUGCAGAAGGGAACUUGGUCAUCAGCUCCUCCACGGACUACACACUCGCUGUGUGGAAAGAUCUGGAGCACAAGCCUCUUCGCCAGUACAAGUCGCAGUCCGACCCCAUCCAUGCCUUUGAUCUUUAUGGUUCAGAGAUUGUAAGCGGAACAGUGGCUAACAAGAUCGGGGUGUACUCAAUGGCAGAUAUCUCCCUGAGCCCUGUUAGCAGCACAAAGCUGAGCUCAGAGAACUUCCGUGGAACUCUGACCAGCCUGGCAGUCCUGCCCACCAAGAGGCUUCUGCUGCUUGGCUCUGAGAACGGCGCCAUCCGGUUAUUAGCUUAAAUCAGUGGUUCCCAGCUACACUUAACACUGUUAUCACUGACCUUGUGUCUUAUUCGUGAAGACACCAAGUGUCUGAGCUCUCUCUGUCCCUCUCAUGUGAUUGAGAUCAAUUGUACUGGUAGGGCAGGUUGUCAGUCCCUCUAAAUUGCUUUUUGAAUGAGGCAGCACAAGUACAGGCAUUCCAUACGCUUCAUGUCUACUGACUCUUGCCACUCUGGCUGUUGGCACUGACCAAAUUUGAUGGACGGGAAAAGUGUGCCACUUUUGACAUUCAUCAUGUACAGUAAAUCCUGUGAUUUUUUUUUUUUUUUUUUUUUAAAGGAUUUUUGCCUAUAGAUGUAUAGAUAGUAUAAUUCUUAUCUUGACAGGAUCAUUUAUUCUUUUGACUAGGUCAAUUAUUCUGUUCAAAAGAAUUAAUCAGAAGACGUGCUCAGGAAGGUGGAACCAAACAUGGUUCUUAUGUAGUGUUUACACUUUCCAAAUAGAUGCAUACCAACACCAAAAAUACAUCGACCUCACCUCUCAUGUCCCUUGAUGUUAGAAUACAUGCGUAUCCAAUGCACUGAUUAAACUAUGCAGUAUUUGUAGAUCAAAUCAUUUGUUUGUGUUAGCGUUACUCUGCAUUUCAUAAGAGUUGUUUCACAAUAGAUUGUUUAUACAUCCUGAACAAUAAAAGUACACUGUUCUGUUGACAGUCUUGGUGCAUCUUCUCAGAGUGGAGACCUUCAAUUGACGUUGCAUACUAAAGUAAAUUACUGAUGCACAGCCUUUAUUCUCCUGCACAAGAAUGGCCUGAAUUGUAACAUUAAGAUUCUCACUCGGAUUUUAAAGACUGAAUGUUUUUAUCCACUAAUAAAUUACUUGAAGUUUC